AUGCGUGAUGCGGAUCGCCUUCGGAGACUACCUGGGCAUGUCCAGCGCGAGAGGCAGAUGACCCCGCUGACACCGUCUACCAGCCGAGUGUCUCGAACUCUGCCCUUCCGGCCUUCGAGGCAUCGUCCCCCGCACCCAGCAACGCCCGAUCGAGCCAGCCGAUCCGGGGGGGGGACGGGCUGCCACUCGCACCCCUUCGCCGUCCUCAGCCAAGCUGAAAUUGGGAUCCCCACGGCUACUAUUGCGCGACACUUUGGUUUAUCCCCUUCAACCAUCCAAUAUACCCUCGAACAAGAACACGCCCGAGCAGAUGGGAAGACCUGCCCUCGAUCUGGGAGACCCCCUAUUCUCUCUGAGGGUGACAAACGCUUGAUCCUGCGUUUAAUUAAGCGCGAUCCCUUUAUCGUGUAUCGAGAAAUUCGCGACCAAAGCGGAUUAACGGCGUCUGACGACACCCUUCUUCGUCUGGUGAAGUCCUCGGGCUACGGCCAUUGGAAAGCUAGAAAACGACCCUUCCUGACUCCGGAAGUGGCCGCGCCACGUUAUAAAUGGGCUUUGGCCCACCGGAAUUGGAUGUGGGAUGACUGGAUGCGAGUUGUGUGGAGUGAUGAAUGUUCCGUCGAGAUCGGAAAAGGGAAGCGCCACCGUUGGGUCUUCCACCUGAACCACACCAACAAAAAGUACAAAAAAGAACAUGUGAUCACGUACCGGAAGUCGAAAGGUCUCUCUAUCAUGAUUUGGGGCGCGAUCUGGGGUGGUGGUUCCUCGAAAAUAUACCAAAUGGUUCGAGAUGAGGCAUUCGCCCGAAACGGCUACUCUGCACGCUCGUAUCUCGAUGUUUUAGAGGGAAACCUACCUCAGAUUCUCGAUGAUACGAACCGCAUCUUCAUGCAGGAUGUGAUGGGAAAUUGUCUUUGA